CUGAUGUAUAAACAAUUUAUUUUGUCUUUCAACAGGCAGUACAACCUAUCGCUUAGAGGUCGUUAUACAAGCCUGUCUGACUCUGAGUUGGAUGAUAGGGUCAGACAGGUGAUCACUGGGAAUGAUGAGCUUGGCAGUGAGGCGGUGAGAGCCAGGCUUGCAGGUCAAGGAGUCAUUGUGCAGCGGAAUCGGGUUCGUCAGAGCCUUAUACGCACCAACCCAGAGGGAGCAGCAACCAGGUCUAUGUAUAGGGUUGCAGGGCCAAACUCAUUGUGGCACCUUGAUGGGAACCACAAGCUGAUCAGGUGGAGAAUAGUUAUUCAUGGUGGGAUUGAUGGAUUCAGCCGCCUUGUUGUAUUCCUCAAAGCCUCCAACAACAACACCAGCAACACAGUGUUGGAAAACUUUGUGGAAGCCAUUAAUCAGCAUAGGGUGCCUUCCCGAGUCCGCUGCGAUUAUGGCAGAGAGAACAAUGCGGUGUGCCUGUUUAUGGAGGUGUUCCGUGGCAGCAACAGGGGAAGUGCUAUGAGAGGAAGAAGCACCCAUAACCAGAGAAUUGAAAGACUGUGGGGUGAUGUUUGGAGGGGUGUCAGUAAUUCCUAUCACGCAUUAUUCACCCUUUUGGAAACCGAAGGCACACUUGACACCAACAGUGAAAAGCACAUUUGGGCUCUACAUUUUGUGUAUUUGGCUAGGAUAAACCAGCAUUUGAAGCUGUUCCAAGAUCAGUGGAACCACCACAAACUGAGGACAGCAAGAUACAUGUCCCCAUACCAGCUCUUCAUUAGAGGUUGCCUUGCCCAGCAGAACACCACUCACACUGCCAUACAGGGGAUUUUUGGUGCGGAAGAUUCAAGGCAUCAAGCUGGAAGGCAUUCCAGGCAUUCCCCAUCCAGCAGAAGUACCUGGGGGUUUCUCAAGAGAGGAAGACCACAUGCCUAACUUUGAAUGGCCAGAAGCCGUCCGUGUACCUGCAAACAACUUCCAGCCUGUUGCUCAACAAAUGGAACAACUCCAGCAUAUGGACCCUUUAGGCGGGGAACCAGGUUCUUGCUAUUUUGAGGGACAUGCCCGAUAAUAGUCGGUAGAUGUUGUUCAUGUUGUCCACAUUCAACUGAAACAGACAAUUAAGAUGAAGAUGUGUUAGAUAAAUUUGUUUUUUGGAAGAACAAAAAAACUCUAGACAUGUGUGACAAAAUAUAUCAACACUUAAUGCUUAGUUUUUACAGAUGUUCCAUCUAGUUCCAAAGUAACAAUUCCUCCUUGGUUUUAUAUCAACUUCUAAAGUCUUCCCAUUCCAUCUUCAUCUG